CGGCUAUUAUUGUAGAUCAUCCCGCGAACACAAAAAAUCGUGUAUUUUAUCAAAUUAGCGUGAGUAUGAGGCAUUAAGUGAACACUUUCCUUUGCAAAUAAAGAAAUACUCACGACACAGCAUGCAGGAAUGAUGGAGAAUGUUUUUACAAGCCCCGAUUUUCAACUGAACUUUGUUCAAAGUGUGUGUGAGUUGUGGAGAAAUGGUAAAUUAUGUGAUGCUUCUAUUGAAGUUGGAAGUAGGGUGUUCAAGUUCCAUAAGGUUGUUUUAGCAAUAGCUAGCCCUGCAUUUGUGAACAUGGGUGAAACCAUUGCAUCUGACAAUAGACUGGUUAUACAGCUUCCAGUUGAAACCGAUAUUCAAGCAUUAGAGGCUGUGCUGCAGUAUAUUUAUGGUGGUGAAUUAAAACUGACACAAAGUACUGUAGAAACUGUGCGGAAAUUGGCAGAUAUGUUUAAAAUAUGCAAAAUUAUUGAAUUCUGUGAAAAAUUCCACUCGGAAUGUAGAGACAAGACUGAAAAUUCAAAUGGAAAUAUUGUAAUUAGUAAAAAAAAAAUACUGGAAUCAGAAAAGAAUGCACAGACCAAAACUCAUGGAUUAAAAGCAGGACUUAAACCCUCAAGGGGACGGGGAAGGGGUAGAAAGUUGCUUUGUAAGGAGUCAUUGAUAAAGGCUGGUGUAAAAACUAGUGAGGAAAGAACUGUUGCAUCAUCAAAAAAGGAUCAAGGAGCUAAUUUAACUUCAAAGGGUCAAGAUGAAAUAUUGUUGUCGAAGGGACGGGGUGGAAUAUUACCGGCAAGGGGGAGGGGGCGGGGAAGAGGGAGAGGUAGGGGUAGAGGAGGUAAAGCCCCUGUUUCAUCUUUACUUAGAGCAUGUAAUUUAAAAACUGAAUCAAAAAGUGAUGUUGAUCAAAUGGAAGACUAUGUGAUGAAUUUUACCGCACUAAAUGAUGCUUUGGAAGAAUCGCCAAGAAAGAGAAAAGCUAAAUUAAAGUCAGAACUGUUGACAAGUGCGAUUAUAGCAGAUAGUGAACAACCUACAGAAAGAAAUAAGUUGAAGGAUUUAUCACAAAAAGAAUCUGUUGAAGUAGAAUCUAAAAGUAGAAGUGAUGUAACACCAAGUAAACGUGGAAGGAAACCAGGAAGGAGAUCUACUUUGACAAGAGCAGAAAUACAAAGGGCUUAUAGAGCAAGAAAGUUCGCAAGAAUGAGUUCAGAUGAGUUGGAGGCAUUUCGGGAAAAAGAACGGCUGAGGAUUAGGGCUAGUACCCAGAAUGCUACGUCUCAUGCUGGUCGUGGUAAAGGGAGGGGUAGAAGGUUAAAGGUUUCGAAGAAAAGAGGACUUGAUCGAGGUGGAUCUAGCUUCAACAUAGACAUUGAGACAGAUGAGCUUGGUGCAAGUGAUAGUAAGUUUGAAGUUCAGGAGACAAUAAUAAAACAGAGAAAUACUGAGAGACAGAAGCGCUACAGAGAGCGUAAAAAGAACGACCCAGUCUGGCUGAAAAAAGAGGCUGAAAGAGUUCGAAGGAGAUAUGUUCCUGUAGCACAACUAAGUAAGAAAGAACAUGAAUUGAGACGUAUUAAGGAAACUGAACGCACUCGACUUUGGCGUUGGAAAAAGAAGCUGCAAAAAUCCCAGCUACCUAUUGAGAUGGUAAAAGAUGCUCAGAGUAUGGAUGACUUUAGUGGCAAGAUUUUUAUUUCCAGAAAUACAGAUGAAUCCAUAUAUGGUAACAGCGGACAAGUUGUUGAUGGGAGCACUGAAAUUAUUCAUACGGAUAGUGGAGACGCUAAUAUGGUAAAUAGUAUUAUAAACUCAAUGAAUGAUCAGUUCCAUUAUAUGCUUGGUGGAGAUGUUGAUGUGUCUGAUUUUGUUAAACAAGAAGCUGUAGAUCCAGAAUAUGAAAGUGAAGAUACUGCAUUAGUAUCUGUUAAUGAAUCACUGACUAGUGUAGAUUCCACUGGGAAUGAUUUAGAUGAAACAUUAAAUGAAACAGGAACAGGGAUGUGCAAUAAUGAAUUGAUUGAUAAAGACAGUGGUAAAGUUGUUGCAGAUGGACAUCAGUAUGCCAAUGCUGUAACUGAUACACAUACAAGUACAAUAGAGGAAAGUAUGGAUAUAAACCAAGAUGUAAAAGAAGCAGAGAGUGUUAUUGAAGAAACAAAUCUAGAAACAGAUGAAGUUGGUGAUUAUGUUAAUGACUUUCCUGUGGUGAGUGGUACUCUUGCAACAGGGAUACAGCAGCUAGAUAAUUCAGAGAACAGCUGAGCUGAUAUAUUUAUACAGUAGGAAUUUUCUUGCAUGUUUUACUAAUCAAUCAUCCUUUUGUUUCUUAAAUGAGAUAUUUACUACCUGUCUGAUUAUAUAUAGGGAAUGAUAUCUGUUUAUACUGUGUGAUGGUAUCACUGUAAGGUAAUUGCGUGCAGUUGUGACCCACCCAACUAGCUCAGUUGGUAGAGCACAAGACCAUGAAGCAAGAGGUCGCAAGUUUGAUCCCCAGGCGAGGUAUAUUUUCACUGUAACAGUUUGACAAAACAGAAUUGGCCUUCAGUCACAUGCUUCAUGUGGGAAUGUUGACUGCUGCUGGCCUGCAUUGGUAGUACUGGUACAGAUUUUGGGGAACAUUACAUAGCUGUUAUGUAGCUGAAAUACUUGUGAAGAAAUAAGUUAAACCAAAAUAAAACUAACAUAAAAAGUUUACGACAUUUCUAAUAUUUGAAACAGUGAUACAGAAGAGAGGGUAAUCUUCGUACUAACUUAAAGCAAAUUCAUAUUUGAGCAAGUAAGACUUCUGACCAUUAAAUUGUGAAAUGAAAAUCUUGAAAAAAACCAGUGUGUUACACAGACUGGUGGUAUUCCAAUUUUUCAUCAUCACUACAUUUUCUUUAAAGACGUAUAGGUAUAUGAGAUCAUAAUCAUCUGUCAAGCCGUAUAGCUAUUUUAGUGCCAUAUUAAGAUAAUCCA